UCUUUUUCUUUUUUAAUUUAAGCUGGUGUUGCCUAGUUUUUAUGGUUUUAAGGCUUGAUCCUUUUUUGCAUUAUUUAUGGAUAUUUGAGCAUGGGUGUGAUGGUACCGGUACAUAAACAUGAAAAGUAACAAACUUGAAGCUGUUAUUGGUUUGCUAUCUACUGUUUUUUCAGUUUUAAUGAACUUUUUGGAUCUGAAAUUGAGGAGAGCAUGAAAUUUAUUUGAGAUUGAGCUUAGUUUGAUCUCUAUUUAUCGAUAAUAACUGCACAAGAGUGUUUUUUAAUUCUUGAACUCGGUUCAUUGUACUUUGUGCCAUCGUUAUUCCUGGAAAUGGGAUCAUCUUCCCCCUCUCUCUGUGUCUGAAACUUUGUAAUUUCAUUGAUUCGACUCUUUGAAACCAUGCUUUAUUUUGUGCUUCUUUUUACGAAAACUAGGUGCUAUGUGAAAGUUUACUCUUGGUUUAACUGAUUCAAAAAUUGCUCAGUUCAUUUUGUUACGUUUUUGGAAAUGGUAUUUAAGAACACUUUAAAUACUGAUAUCUUUUCUGUUUCAAUCCAUGGCUAGGCUUGUUUUUGUGCUAUUGGAUUUUCUGACGUUACCUGUGUUGGUGUAUGGUUGUGUGUUCAUGUUUACUUGAACUUGGGUAUUAAAACUUUGUAUUAUCCGACAGAAAAUGUGAAAAUUGUAACUUUUACUUGUAUAUGACUUGAGUUGGUGAUUAUUUUUUUCUUAUCUGAAUUUAGAUAGAAGUAGUGAGAUUCCAUUCUGAUCUUCUUCAAUCGGAAAAAAGUUACGAAAUUCGUUGAUUGAGCCAGCCGUUGCCACUACUUCGAAGAUUUUCAAAAAUGGACUCUCAUUGGGACUUCAAGAACUUUGGAAAUGCCUCACCAGGACUAGGAAGCGUUAGAAAAUCACCAGAGAAUCCCCCCUUGGUUCGCCAGUCUUCAGUAUACUCUUUAACCUUCGAUGAAUUCCAAAAUACCUGGGGUGGUGGACUUGAGAAGGAUUUUGGAUCAAUGAACAUGGACGAGCUGUUGAAAAACAUAUGGACUGCUGAAGAGACCCAAGCAAUGACAAAUACAGUUGGUGUGGGUGGAGAAGGAAGUACCCCAGAUGGGAAUUUACAGAGACAAGGGUCUUUAACUUUGCCUAGGACACUAAGUCAAAAGACUGUUGAUGAGGUUUGGAGAGACUUGAUAAAAGAAACCAGUGGUGUUGCAGGAUCCAAUUUACCACAAAGGCAACAGACUUUAAGAGAGAUGACUCUGGAGGAGUUCUUGGUGAGGGCUGGGGUAGUGAGAGAGGAUACUCAACAAAUUGGAAGGCCUAAUAGUAGUGGAUUAUUUAGUGAACUAUCGCAAUUAAACAACAACAACAACACUACUGGUUUGGCUCUUGGCUUUCAGCAGCCAAAUGGAAACAACGGGCUUAUGGGGACUGGGAUAAUGAAGAACAAUUUAGUUUCUAACCAGCCUUCUAGAUUAGCUCUGAAUGUGGGUGGAAUCAGACCCUCUCAGCAACUACCGCAGCCACAGCAGCAGCAGCAGCAGCCUCUCUUUCCCAAGCCAGCAGCAACUGUGGUGUUUGCAUCACCUUUACAUGUGGCAAACAAUGCUCGGCUUGCUAGCCCUGGAGUGAGAGGACCAGUUGUUGGGAUUGCAGAUCGAUCUGUGAACAAUGGUCUAGCUCACAGUAGAGGAAUGGAAAUGGUUAGUUUAGCAGCUAGAGGUGUUACAGUCGCAACAGGAUCUCCUGCAAACAGGAUAUCACCGGAUGUGAUUGCAAAGAGUAAUGCUGACACAUCUUCACUAUCGCCAGUUCCUUUUGUAUUUAGUCGGGGAAGGAAACCCAGCGCAGCUCUGGAGAAGGUUGUUGAGAGAAGGCAGAGGAGAAUGAUUAAAAACAGAGAGUCAGCUGCAAGAUCACGGGCUCGCAAGCAGGCCUAUACAUUAGAGCUGGAAGAUGAAGUUGCAAAACUUAAAGAGCGGAACAAAGAAUUACAGAGAAAACAGGCUGAAAUAUUUGAAAUGCAGAAAAAUCAGUUCUUAGAGACAAUGAAAGCGCAGUGGGGAGGUAAAAGACAAUGCUUGCGAAGGACACUGACUGGACCUUGGUAGAGUUUAUAGAUUGAUUGUGGAUGGUAGAAGCAGUGCUUGAACUUGCAAAAUCUUAGCCAUUUGUGUGGUGUAAGGAUUAGAGGGUGCAUAUGUGAUUUGCAUCUUAUACUGCAAGGGUAGGGUAGGGUAGCGUAGAGUAGGGUAGGGUAGUUGUAUGUGCAGGAGUAGAUGGUUAAGUUGUAAAUUAUGACAUGAAAUUAUGAUAUCCCUGUGCAUUAAACUUUCUUAUCCACGUUUGUCUUUUACUUUCCA